AAUUUCGCCGCUACUAUUUACAAUUACGGCAGCUGUAAAUAGAGUCUGUGGACUUGCAUUCGCUAUCUCUUGAUUCUGCACUGCAACGAGAGGGCAGGAAACUUCGUAAACAGAGGGGAAAGAGCAAAACACAGCAGAAACAAGAGUCUCAGGCAGUUGGAUAGAUCUGGAUUUUGGAGUGUAAAGCACAGUCAGUCUAAAUGUGCUCAGCAGUCUGGAUUUUAUGGAUGGCACAGACCCAGGCUAUGUGAAGAUGAAAAGGUGCUGGAUGAGUGUGAGUGAAAGAUGACGGGAGGUACUGAGAGUGCAGCUGGAGACAAAGAUGGUGUCCCUACUUUGACAACACAGAUUCCUGUAGGCUGGCAAAGAAAAGUAGAGGAUGGGGCUGUGGCUUACAUCAGCCCGAGCGGCACCAUCCUUUGUUCACUGGAGGAAGUUAAAGUCUAUCUGCUGACAGACAACACUUGCAAGUGUGGAUUAGAGUGUCCCCUAGUCCUUCACAAGGUGUUUAACUUUGACCCGGGGACAGUGGUGUUAAUGCAGGACCACCAGCAGCCUGGUAAACCAGAGGAGGACAUGACAAAGUUGUGUAACCACCGCAGGAAAGUGGUUGCCAUGGCAGCACUCUGCCGAAGCAUGCAGAUCUCUCAGGGUCCUUUGCCAGCCCAUGGACCAGGCAUUAUAUUUUGCUUGUCUGAAGACAGGGACCAGAAAGGGAUUUCCAUUCAGCCUCGGCCGCUGACUCCAACCAAAUCAAACAGCCACUCUUCAUGUGGAGCCAAGAAUAGCUUUCCCCUUCCCUUGCCCCUCACACUUAUGCAGAAUGGAUCAGUGUCCCAUUCCUCUCCUUUAGCCCUAGACUGUAAUCUGCUUUCAAAGAAGCACACUCCACAACAUCCAGGCAGCAGUGUGACUGGUUAUGGGAAACAGUGGUACCCUCACUCAGCUGACACUCAGCCUGCUACCCAGAGACCACUGCACUCCCCAGCAUUAGCAAAGCCUGGAGUCCACCUGCAUUCGUACUCGCUCGUUCCUACACUCUCCCCAUCAUCUGCCCCUCUGUCUUCCUCUUUGCCUUUUGGGGGAAAGGCUGGUCAAUCCCCUUUUCAGGGAACAAGUGUAAAGACCUCUCCUCUUUCUGUCUGUCCCUCCCCAUCUCAGACUCUUGACUCUACCUCCCCACAUCAGCAAUCCCGCCAUUCCUCUGCCUCCUCACUUUCAGAACUAGGUCCAGGACUCUCACUAGCCACUUACCCCCAGGGGAGCAAGCCUCCCUGUCCUUCCCUGUCCCCCCUUUCAUCCACCACAGCUUGCACGUCACCCAAAGGUUCUCUGUGUCCGGCGAGCCCACAGAGUUGUCGAGAGGGAAUGCUGCAGCUUUCUAAGGACUGUGCUAAAAGCAGCUCAACUAACCCCAGCACUAACUACACUCAGCUCCACCAGAGGAAUCUGAGCAGUUUUCAGGAAGCCCAGAACCUACAUCUGCCCCCUUACACAUCUGAUAGAAAGAAUGGGCCAUCUGUCAACACCCCUAUAUCAUGUAAUGCGGGAAGUCUCCUGAGUGUGCCACUUGGGCAGCUCUUCAACCAGCAGAAAAAGCAGCAGCAAGUUGCUUCUUUCCCAGCCAGUAGUCUCCUGACAGCUGCUGCCAAGGCUCAGCUGGCCAGUCAGAAAAGCCAGACUAGCACCACUAGUAUAUGCAGCACCAUCCCCUCCACAGGCCUAGACAAAGAAACCCAGCAGUCCACGGUGUUGAUUAGCACUUUAAACAAUAGCGUUCACCGCCCUCAGACUAGACCCCAGUCAAUGACCGCCUUCCUCCUCCCACACACUCCCUCUCGCCUUCAGGCACCAGUUUCCCUGAUUGAGAAGUCAUCACAGCGCAAACGUCAGCAGCGGUCACCCACCGUUCUGAGCAUGCUGAAGGAGUCGCAGCUCAACAGCCUCAGGCCUGGAGGAUCCCCAUCCACUUCUGUCUCCACUCCUAACCUCUCCUCUUCCACCUCCCCAAAACAUAUUCCAGUUGUCCCUGCUGCCAUGGAGAACCAUCUCCAGACCCCACGACUUCCAGGGACUCCUAAUUACACCCCUUUGUUCUCCAGUUCUCUCAAGCUGCCAGACUCUGAGGAGGCCAAAAAAACAGGCCUACCCCAGCCCCUGAAUGCGCUCCUUCCGUCUCAGCCCCUGUCAGCCCUGCUGCAGCUGCUCAGCCUGCAGAAUAGCACACAGUCAGUCUCCAGUCCUGCCUCAUCAGGAGCAUCACACACUAGGCCGGUCUCCACACAGUCUCUAUCUCCAGGGCUUACAGUUAGCCAGCCACCGCAGUAUGACAGCCAGCCUCUGUCCCACUUACUGACCACCCAGCAGUCCCAAAGCCUAGUGGCCUCGGUGGAGGUGACUUCUCCACAGUCCUCCUCACAGGCCUUCGCAGCAAUGGCGGAAAUGGACGGUACUUCGGCUAACCUCAAGCCUUGUGCCAAUGGCAUCCUUAAUCUGAGCCAAUUCAGUGCUGGCAGCACACCGGCCUCACUGCAAACAGAAUUCAGUUCCCAGAUACUCAGCUUAAUGGGCCAGCUGACCUCAGGCUCCUGUCUACCUGCACUUGGAGACAAGAUGUGCGGAGGUUCUGAUCACUCUGUAUUUCAGCUGAACCAGAGCCAUGGGGCAGAUUCUGAAGGCACUGUGGUAUCGGUGAACCCUCCAGAUCCAGCGGAGACCAGACUAAGUGGAGCGUGUGACUCUGAGCCUGACCUGUCUUUGCCCCCUGCCACCGCAGACUCUUCCAGUUCCUUACAACUUGCAGAAUCCUUUCCCUUCAUGAAUCAGGAGCAGCUCCUACAGCUGCUUUCACCCAGCAAUGGGCUACCUUCCCUUCUGCCCCCUUUCCUGGGUUCCCUCCCCAUAGGUUUGUGGACUGGCAAUCAGCUGACUGUUCCAAGCACUACCCAACAACAGCAACAACAGCAGCAGCAAACAGGUCCUCUGAACCAGGCCUCUCAGCUCAAUGUCUUUUCGUCUGUGCUUGGAGCUCAGGGAGACUUUCCGGUUAGUCUCAUUAGUCUGUUAAACCCCCCCCUUCCUCCUCCUGUGGUGGCCUUGUCUGCUCAGGGUCAAGCUGUAGACGUGGGUGAGAAAUCUCCUGGUCUCCCAGCACUGCUCAUGGCUUCACUGCUACUUAGUCAACAGCAAGCUGCUACCAUGGUACCUCUACCAGGCCUUGGUCAGCUUAAUAUGGACAUACCGGUCCAGCAGCAGCAGUUCGCACAGCUCCAGGAUGGAGUGUCAAUGGAAAAAGCUCCAGGACCGCUGGAUUCUCUGUUGACAUGCCCUGGGCUUUUUGAGGCCCUCCAGGGGUUGGCAUCCCUUGGAGAAGGGUCCCUCCAUGGUCCUCAGUCACUCCUGCUUUCUGCUCCCCUAACUCCUCCAGCCUUCCUCUCCUUAAGUCCUGCUCUACUGGCAGCUGCUUUAGGGCCUGCUGAACCCCUGCCCAACCCCCAACAGCCCCCCUUGACUCAGUCUCAGGGGACUCCUGUCAGCCCAUCCUUGGGCUCUACCUCUGUAUCUUGUGCCCCUGUGUUGCCCAGCACUGUGCCUGAAGUGGUUGACACACUAGCGUCCGUGACAGAACAGGAAAAAGGCAACUCACCACCUUCUCAGCUCCUGUCCCCUCUUCUACACCCAGGAGUGCUUGGUGAUCUCGCAGCUCUGGGUAAUAUGAACCAUCUCCAGGGCUUAGUGGGUACUAGCCCACUUCUUUUGCCCCAGGUUCAGGCUUCUGCUCUGGGCAUGCCCCUGCCACCAGGGCAGGGUUCCCUCAACCCACUAGCCUGUAUCCUCAGCAGCCUACAGCUGACUGUUGGUCCUACUCUAAGUGUGGGAGAAAAGCCACUUGACCUGAACGAAACAACCACCUCAGCUUCACAGGAGGACCUCCCUGUCACUCAGCUCUCUCAGGAACUCCUGCCAAACUCUGGGCUCAUGCAAGCCACAGAGCCUCCUCAGCAGGAGGCUUCAGAUGAACCUCUGUUUGACCCCUAUGCCUCGUUUAUGGACACCAUCUACACCUCCUUUCUCCAAGUCAGUGGUAAGGGGUCUGAGGGUUUGGCUGGGGGCCAGCCUGCAGCAGGGGGCAUGUCUGGCCCUCUCUCAUACUCAGGUGACCUAACAUCCCUGGUGCCCCAGCCCAGCGCUCCUCCCUCCCUCGCUCCUCCCUCCCUUAGUCCGCGACGAGCCUGCUCUGUACACAACCCGAAUCCAUCACAUCUGAGUAUAGAGGCAGCCCAGUCCCCUGCCCGUGGAACUCCCAAACUUAGAGAAGAUGCGACCUCCACCCCACCACCCAGUAAACCUGGGGACUCAGAGGGAUGUGGAGAUGUGCCAUUAGCAUUCUCUUUUAUGGAGGAAGCGAAGACAGACAUGCGUUGUGUGUAUAGUAAUGGGGUAGCCCUGGAGCUGUUACCUGGGACUGAGGAAAAUGAGGAGGACAAGGAACCUGGACUCCAUCCACAGAGAUUACCCCCCAGGGCGAAGGUCGAAAAUGAAGGAGCAGAUGGCAGCACCGAUAAUACAGACAUGGACCAAGAGAGGGUACCUGGUACAAGAGGAGGAGUCCGCAGAGGCAGAAAGCGAAAACAAAUACUUGAGAAAGGCCCAGGUGACAUGGACAGCUUCAUAGAGGAGCCAGCAGCCACAAUAGCACUGCCAAAGCCUAUGAGGUCUACGAGAGGCAAGAGGAGACGGGUGGUUAGAUAACUUUUUUUUUUACCGUUGACUGACCAAUUUGAAACCCCUUAUUCUACUGUAUCAUUAUACCACCAACACCAGCACUAUCAUCACAAUGGCACAUCAGUGCUAACCACUGGGCUACUGGCAGUACUGCAAUACAUUAACAUUAGCUCCCUCUUCAUCUAGUCCACUCAUUCUUUGUAUAUCAACUUUUUUUGUAGUGCUGAAGGGGUGUAGGAUGGCCAUCGGCUCAACAUUCUCUCGUCUUCUUCCGUAAUGCAGAACAUAGCCGUAUAUUCACAGUAGAGUCAUGCAUGUGUGGUUUUGUUACUUAUGGAAAACUUGAAUAGCCAGUGUUUUUUUUCUCCCCCUAAUCCAGCUGUAACUCUAUCCACUUUAUGUGGUUGCUGAGCUCCCCAUAGAUUUGUAUAACCCUAUGGCUCCCCCCUUUGGCCAGACUGUUAUUCUACACACUGAUAAUUGCACAGCCAGCAGUGCACAGCAAAAUUCAUUCAGUUUAUUCUGAUAAGUUGAAAGUCAGUCAAUUAACUGCAGAUUUCAGAGUAACAUAAAGAGCCAGUAAAUGAAAUAUCUUUCCUUGAUAAAUAUUGAGGUAAAAACAAACAGCCCUUGGUAGGCACAAUAAUGAUGUAAAGUGAUUAUCUGGAUUUAAUCAGCCUCCGUCCACAUUUUGAUUGAUCAGUUCACUGGACGCAGUGCCAGACUUAACUAAAGUUUCAAUUAUCAUUCUGCACAUCACAUCAAGGGGCACCCUCUUCAUGGAUGGAAAUCAGCCACUGCAUCCACCUUGUGUCUGACACAAAAUUUGCAGGAUACGCUGAUGUAUUUUUUGUUUUUUUUUCUUGAGGGUUACAGAGAGCCAGAGAGAGCUGGAUGCUCUCCAGUACAGGGGGUAUGACUUUAUAUCGUCAUCCUCACAUUUACAAAGCUGAUCUGAGCUCAGUGAUCACAUGUAUCCGUUAAUAGUCCCCAUUACGAACUAGCUGUCAUCUGAGGCUAGGCACAUGUUACUGACUAUUUAAAUGAUUAAGUAAUAAUGAGGCAGAUUAUGCAAUUGUACUAUUGAAAUAUUGUGUAAAUAUGUACAGUUUUAGUAUUUUUAUUUUGUAAACUUUUUAGGAAAAAAAUAUCAAUUUGUAAAGUAUUUGUUCCUCAAAACUCCAUUCUUUUGCCAUAUUUACAUUUGAUUUGUAAAGAGAAUACCUUUAAAACUGUGAACAGUAGCAUUUUUAUGGAGUUGCUUUUUUUGUUUUAAUUUAACUGAUUAAAAUGUUAACCAUA